CUUUUCCCUCUGGUUGCACAUUUAACAUGUUGAUAGAAAUUUGGUCAAACUGAUUUAAGUUUCCCUGCAUUAAAGUCCCCGUCUAUUAGGAGCGCCGCCUCUGGGUGAGCGUAAUCUUGUUUGCUAAUGGCGGAAUACAGCUCAUUCAAUGCUUAGUGCCAGCCUCUGACUGUGGUGGUAUGUAAACAGCUACAAAGAAUAUAGAUGAAACUCUCUCAGUAGGUAGUGUGGUCUGAAGCUUAUCAUGUGAAACAAAAAAAUGGCUCGAGGCUUCCUUAAAUAUCGUGCACCAGCUGUUGUUUACAAAUAUACAUAGUCCGCCGCCCCUCGUCUUACCAGACCCUGCUGUUCUAUCCUGCCGGUACAUCGUAUAAUCAGCCAGCUGUAUGUUGAUAUUGCCGUCGCUCAGCCACGACUCCGUGAAGCAUAAGAUGUUAACGUUUUUAAUGUCCCGUUGGUAGUUUAAUCUUCCCAAUAACUUGUCCAUGUUAUUGUUCAAAGAUUGUAUGUUUGCGAGCAGAAUUGAGGGGAGUGGGGGUUUAUUCGAUUACCUCCGACUCCUCAGAAGGCAGCCCGCCCUCCGGCCUCUCUUUCUCCACCUCCUCUUCACGUAGAUCACUGGGGUCGGAGCCUGUUCCAGAGGGAGCUGUAUAUCCUCCGCCUCGGGCUCGUCGGAGUUGUGAAAGAAGAAAAAUGAUUUUGCUAGUCCGUGGUGAGUCAUCGAAGUCCUGAUGUCUAGAAGUUAUUUUCGGUCAUAAGAGAUUGUAGCGGCACAAAAUAAGUACAAAAAACAAGUUAAACGCACAUAAACGAACAAAUACACAAUCGGUUGGGGGCACGUAAAACAUUUGCCUUCUGUUCCGGCACCAUUUUUACAAUGGCAAUUUAUCUCUGAAUGUCCUUGAGUGGCCCAGCCAGAGUCCGGACUUGAACCCGAUCGAGCAUAGCUGUGCAGCGACGCUCCCCAUCCAACCUGACAGAGCUUGAGAGGAUCUGCAGAAAAGAAAUGGGAGAAACUCCCCAAAUACAGAGCAGGCAGGCCUGUGUGUGGGGGACAAGCUGGUGGAGGUGAAUGGGGUGAGCUUGGAGAGCAUCACUAUGAGCAGUGCAGUUAAAGUCCUGACAGGGAACAACAGACUGAGGAUGGUGGUGAGGCGUGUUGGCAAAGUACCCGGUAUCCGCUACUCCAAAGAGAAGACAACCUGGGUGGAUCUGAUCCACGGUAGGAUGGUGGUGGAGGAGAGUGGACGUACACCCUCCGCCUCGGUGGCCAGCUCAGAUGGGGCCCUGCGGAGGAUCAUCCACAUCUACACCACCUCAGAUGACUACUGCCUGGGCUUCAACAUCCGAGGGGGCAAGGAGUUCGGCCUGGGCAUCUACGUCUCCAAAUUGGAUCCUGGCGGUUUGGGUGAACGGAACGGCAUCAAUAUGGGCGACCAGAUCCUUGCGGCCAACGGUGUAAGCUUUGAGGACAUCAGCCACAGCAGUGCCGUGGAGGUGCUGAAGAGCCACACACACAUCAUGCUGACCAUCAAGGAAGCGGGACGAUACCCUGCCUACAAGGAGAUGGUGGCAGAAUACAGAUGGCUUAACAAGUUGGCCAGUGGCAAUGGGACCCGGCAGUCUUCCUCCCAGGGCUCGGACUCCAACUCCUCUGCCUCAUCCUUGUCCUCUGGGACUCCCAUCUCCUCUCUGAGCGGACUGUCUCAGGUCAUGUUCCCCCCCAGCCUGUCCUUCGGCAUGGACAUGGUGGACGUCUGUAUCUCUACUGAGGACCAGACGUCUGGGUCUGGCCAGUGCAUUGACACCGCCAUCCAGACCGACCCCUCGCCUCACAGGAUGGGUGCGGACACUAGCCACAGCCUGGGGGCCACCACCCUCCUGCAGGACUCGGCCAUCCGGGGGGAGGGAGGGGAGGGAGGCAGGGGGAGAGGAGAGUCCCCCAAAACGGCCGUCCUAAUGGCCCUCAGUAGACCGAGUCAGCCCAUCCAUCGCUCCCAGAGCCAGGUCACUGUAGCAGAGGUGAAGCAGACAAAGCAGAGGAAACAGCAGAAAGGAGGGAAGAAUCCUGAGAGGAGCACCCUACAGCGCUCCAAGACCUUUGUCAACCUGCUGUUCAGGGGUCGCAGGAGAGACACCUCCAAGGGGCGCUCCAAGUCCCCCCCCAAAUCUGGGGCAGGCGGAGAUGGGGAGCGCAGGCGCAGACCCAGCGGGCCGGACCCAGAGAUGCUGGGGGUGGUGGAGGGCAUGGCCCGCAGGCUUCUGAGUGAGGACGAGGUGGCCUCCGUCAUGAAGACCUGCCGACGGUACAUAACAGAGCGUGUGGUGGAGAACCUGGUGCGCCACCUGCUGGCCGUGCUGGACCGGCCUGAGAAGCUGCUGCUGCUGAGAGAGAUCAGAAUGCUGCUGCCUCCAGCUGACCUAGGGCUUUUCAACAACAUGGUGGUCCCAUUCGAAGUGGAGGCCUAUGAUAUCUUGAAGUACCGUUCUGUCAGAUCCCCACUUCUGCGCUCCCCCCAGUCUGGACGAGCCCCCAGGCGACACCUCAUCACCCCCAUUCCAGACUUCCAGGGUGGCUUUGAGCUGCACAGUGCCCAGGAGGUGGAGAGGGAGAGCCAGCUGCUGGAGGAGCUAGAGCGGCUGCGUCUGUCUGCGUCCCAGAGUCCCCGGCAGCAGCACACCCAUACCUCCAGAGCAUUCCCCCCCCUGCUGGACGUCCCAGUGGAUGGCUACGCCUCCUCAGACUCCCUCCGUCCUCUCUCCGUCAGCCCUCUGCUCCCCAACUGGCUGCUGGCCCACAGCAAUACCACAGACACCCGCUCCCCGCUACGAGGACACAGUAGUACGGUCCGCUCUGUCCACUUUGAUGUGUCAAUGGACCAGGGAGAUACCAUCUCAGAGCGGGGAAGGUCUCCCUUCAGGAAUGGGACUUCCAAGGGUAAAAAGGAGAAAGAAACUGUGUUCACUCUGCAGAGCGCUCCUCGACGCAGCAGGCCUCUGUUGUCCCAGGUGUUUGGCUCUGGCCUGGAUGCUGACUUCACAGCAGAGGGUUUGGGAAGUGAGCGGGUGAACGGUCAUCCCAGCUCCUCUGAGAAUGGCCUCAAUGGCAGCGCUCCGGUCAUAGAGUACGAGUUCAAAACAGUCAGCAUCUCCAAGACUAAGCAGUCACUGGGGAUCAGUAUCUCUGGUGGGAUGGAGUCUAAGGUGCAGCCGGUGGUGAAGAUAGAGAAGAUCUUCCCAGGAGGAGCCGCCUCCACGUGUGAAGUCCUGAAGGCUGGAUUUGAGCUGGUGUCAGUGGAUGGAGUGUCCCUGCAGGGCGUGACUCACCCCCACGCUGUGGAGAUCAUCCGCAGGGCUUUCAGCAACAAGGCCAAAGACCCCAUGGUGUUUAUAGUCAAAGUCCCCAAAAGCCCUUGACCCAAGACUGGGUCUUUGACCUGGAGGCCCAAGACCUAAAGAGACUAGAAACAACACAAACAGAACUACAGUAUGUUGGAAGAAGGGGAGAAGAGUGAGGACUGAAAAGUGACGAUCUGAAGGAAUUCUGUGGGUUAAUAGGAAACUCCUGUUUCCUCUAUGGUGAACAAGAAGGAGCUGGUCAAUCAAAUGAAGGGACUAAGAGACCUGCUGCCAUGGGAACCAGCAGCUAGUGAUGUGUGUGCUGGCCUAAAGCACCAGUUCACACAAUCUUUCACUUUUCAUUAUUUGUUAUAAUGUAUUAAUUAUCACAUCAGACUUUCACAAAUGAUGUAAAAUAAAUAUACACAUAUUUCUUAGGACAAUACUUUACUUAAGUCAUUUAAGCACACUGGCUAAUUUAUGCAAACUGUAAUCCGAGUGCCUUCCAGGACCCCUGUGAACUGAACGAAUGGUGUCUGUCCGAGCCAUAGAGAUAGACAAAGAUGAGUCCUCUAUGUGCCAUUAUAGCACCUGUGACAGCAUGGGCAGCGCCAUUGAGGCAAUCUCCAUUUUGAAGUAGUCAAUUUUCUUCUUCAAGAUUGGCAGAUCCCUCCUGAUGACUCAGUUGAACAUGACUCCAGUCUCACCAGGAGGGAUCAGCUCAUGCUAAUUACAGCCUUUUGGCCACUGGAGGCCUCUAUCAUUGGCUAUGGUCUGAGCCAGUGUAGAGCAGUGGCUAGCACACCUGCUUGUGACCAGAAGAUGACAGGCUUGGAUGCACCUGUCAGUUGAUGGUAAUGUUAUUACCAUGUAUAGACACACCGAGCCAUAAACUGAUAGUGUUCCUCUUGAUUGGAAAGUCACAUGUUGAUAUCAGGUGUAAACAUGACCUGAGUUUCUCCAAUUCUUGGUGAAAUGUCUACAGGCCACACAAUCUGGGUACAGGAGAGUGACAUGUUAGCACACUGUGUAAACAGGACUUAACAUAAAAUAAAGAGCAUCUAACAGAUGUCAAAUCAGUAA